AUGUUGCGCCUCUUUCAAGGAAGAUGGUCUCGAGAGUAUGAACAGAAGGCCGAUAAGGCGGGUCUUUUUGUGAAAGAGGAACUCGACAAAGCGAUCGAAAGAUGCAAGGAGAAGGUACAGAAUAUAGCGGAAGAAUGUCGGUCGCAAAAUCAGAGGUUCAGGGACAUCGAAUUUGACCUCGAAGAAGAUCGAGACAGAUGUCUCAACGGUUUAGCGCCUUCCGAUGGCGACGAUCUUUCGCCCGGAGACGUGAUGCGCCUCUACCAGAUAUUCGACAAACCCGAGUUCUUCAUCGAUGGCGCCUCUUCGGGAGAUAUAAGCCAAGGCGCGCUAGGAGACUGCUGGUUCCUGUCGGCCGUCGCCACGGUCGCGACGGUUCCGAAAUUGAUCGACAGAAUAUGCGUCGCACGCGAUGAACAGGUCGGCGUCUACGGUUUUGUCUUCCACAACGAAUCGGGCUGGACAGAUGUGAUCAUCGACGAUCUUCUCUUCACGAACUACACGAGACUGGAAGAUCUGGAGACGGCUGAACUGGAUAAGCGGCCGGACAAGCGUGGGCGUAGAGCUCUGUACUUUGCCUCUUCUCUUACGGAAAACGAGACAUGGGUCCCCCUCUUCGAAAAGGCAUACGCCAAGCUGUUCGGAGAUUACAAAGCACUUGCAGGCGGAUACUGCUCUUGUGCUAUCGAGGACAUGACGGGGGGUGUUUCCACAACGAUGCAAAUGGCGGAUAUCCUCGAUCCGGACAGGCUGUGGAACGACCAGCUGACGCGAGCUAACCGCGAUAUGUUGUUCUCGUGCUACAUAAUGCAAAACAAAGCAGGUUCGCGUGACUUCGUGAAAGGCAUUCGAACGAGUAAACGAUUCGUUAAAGUCCGGAAUCCCUGGGGCGAGCGCGAGUGGUCCGGCAAGUGGAGUGACGGAUCGAAGGAAUGGACCAAAGAGUGGUUGAUGGCGCUAGAUGAUCUGAACCACAAGUUUGGCGAUGACGGAGAAUUCCUAAUGGAAUACCCCGAGUUCCUGACCACCUUCACGAGGCUCGACAAGACGAGGCUCUUUGAUUCCUCGUGGGUCUUGAGCUCGCAAUGGCUCGAAGUCUACGCACCGGCAUGGAAGUUCGGCGAUGUAUCAUUCACUGUGAAGGUCGAUGGCAAAACCCCUUCGAUUUUUGUUCUCUCGCAACUGGAGACGAGGUAUUAUCAAGGUCUCGAGGGUCCUUAUGGUUGGACUUUCGACUUUGUCGUUUAUCCCAAAUCCGCCAUGAAACCUAUCGCUCGAUCUCGUCACAACAUGCUCUGGGAUCGCAGCGUCGUUGCAGAAAUCGAUCUGGAAGCCGGGGAUUACGUUGUACACGUUCGGUUGGACCGCUCACGUCUCAGGGCCGACAACUGGUUCUUCGAGAACAUAUCGAAAUGGGAUGAGCGCAAGCGGGUCAGAAAGCUCACACAGCAGGCCAUCAGCCAAAGCAUCGCGUCCAAUUUCGAUCCUUCGCCGUGGACGGACUACCUCCCUCCUCCCAACGAGUCGUUCGGGGGAGAGGACCUGACCGAGCUCGAGAUGAAUGCAUUCGCCGCCGCCGUACAGGGCCGUCAGCUCACAAAGGCUGUCUCGACGAGCGUCAUCGAGCGAAGUAGUCUCGUAGAUCAGGUCCUACAUGCGGAAAUUAAGGCCGCCACGUCCCAGCCUGAGAGCGAGGAGCAUGCUUCGUCGAAGAAGGCGGACAACGCCGACUCGAGCGACACGGACUCGACCGAAUCGAAUGACGGGAGCGACGAGGAAAGGAAGCCGGACACGAUGGACGACAAGAAGGAGGCAAAGACGGAAGCGAAGGAAGAUAGGAAGACCGAGACCUUAAUCGUUGACGGUAUCAGCGAUGUCCUCACACAGCCCCCACCCCUCAUAGUCGACCCUGGCGCGAUUUGCGACAUAUGCAAGAUGUCGCCCAUCGUUGGGCCCUUAUACAAGUGCCUCGAUGCCGAAUGCACCAACUUCGAUAUGUGCCAGCAGUGCUACGGCUCGGGCAAGCACGACCCAUCGCACCGCGUCCUCCGACUAGACACGUCCGAAGACGCCCAAAAAGCGGCCCUGACGUACGACGAUCAGAUCGAUCCCAACGACAAGAUCGUCCUCGGCCUCAAGGUUUAUACCAAGCGCGACUUCCCCGCCAAUAUCAAGGGACAGCUGCGGCACGGCACGGUGCUCAAGUGGACGAAGAACGGGAAAGCGGUCAAGCCUACUGCCGGAUCGACGACGCAAGCCUGAAGCUGUUGUUGACGACAUUCUAUGCGCGACGUGCGUGCCUGGUGCUCGACGAUACAUUUCCUUUAUGUUAUCGAGACAUGCGGGCGAGUCGGGUACCUUCGUCACGGUUCAUGGUGCACCAAGGAAGUGGCGUACUGAACAUCUGUGAAUAAGCUCCAUGGCCGGGGUAUCAGCCUGUCUCACACAUCUUAGAGCUACAACGGACGACCCAGCACCGCCAUACCCAACUCAAUGUAUCGUACACAAUUUAUAACAUCCC